CUUUCUCACGUCACGUGCCGGGAGAGUCUAGUGUCACGUGAGGCCCCGGUGGCGGCGUAGCUACGGCAAGAGAGUGAGAAGGAAGGGAAGCCGGAAGGGGCGCGAGUGAAGCAAAGCGAGGACAGACAGCUCCCAGAGGGCGAGGGGUGCAUGUGCGUCCGCUUCUCACCUCAGGUCUCCCUUCGGCCCCGCUGCCCUCCCUCGCGGCUGGGUGACAGCUGGGUCCGGUCCGUCGCGGGCUGCCUGGGGUGCGAGGAUCGCGCACCCCGUCUUCGCGCGCGGUGCCUGCCGCCCCGCCCCCUCGUCCCGCCCGUCCCGUCGCGUCCCGUCCCCUCGGGUGCUGCCAGCCGGGUGCUGAUGCGAGUCGGUGGCAGCGAGGACAUUUUCUGACUCCCUGGCCCCUGACACGGCUGCACUUUCCAUCCCGUCGCGGGGCCGGCCGCUACUCCGGCCCCAGGAUGCAGAAUGUGAUUAAUACUGUGAAGGGAAAGGCACUGGAAGUGGCUGAGUACCUGACCCCGGUCCUCAAGGAAUCAAAGUUUAAGGAAACGGGUGUAAUUACCCCAGAAGAGUUUGUGGCAGCUGGAGAUCACCUAGUCCACCACUGUCCAACAUGGCAAUGGGCUACGGGGGAAGAAUUGAAAGUGAAGGCAUACCUACCAACAGGCAAACAAUUUUUGGUAACCAAAAAUGUGCCGUGCUAUAAGCGGUGCAAACAGAUGGAAUAUUCAGAUGAAUUGGAAGCUAUCAUUGAAGAAGAUGAUGGUGAUGGCGGAUGGGUAGAUACAUAUCACAACACAGGUAUUACAGGAAUAACGGAAGCAGUUAAAGAGAUCACACUGGAAAAUAAGGACAAUAUAAGACUUCAAGAUUGCUCAGCACUAUGUGAAGAGGAAGAAGAUGAAGAUGAAGGAGAAGCUGCAGAUAUGGAAGAAUAUGAAGAGAGUGGAUUGUUGGAAACAGAUGAGGCUACCCUAGAUACAAGGAAAAUAGUAGAAGCCUGUAAAGCCAAAACUGAUGCUGGCGGUGAAGAUGCUAUUUUGCAAACCAGAACUUAUGACCUUUACAUCACUUAUGAUAAAUAUUACCAGACUCCACGAUUAUGGUUGUUUGGCUAUGAUGAGCAACGGCAGCCUUUAACAGUUGAGCACAUGUAUGAAGACAUCAGUCAGGAUCAUGUGAAGAAAACAGUGACCAUUGAAAAUCACCCUCAUCUGCCACCACCUCCCAUGUGUUCAGUUCACCCAUGCAGGCAUGCUGAGGUGAUGAAGAAAAUCAUUGAGACUGUUGCAGAAGGAGGGGGAGAACUUGGAGUUCAUAUGUAUCUUCUUAUUUUCUUGAAAUUUGUACAAGCUGUCAUUCCAACAAUAGAAUAUGACUACACAAGACACUUCACAAUGUAAUGAAGAGAGCAUAAAAUCUAUCCUAAUUAUUGGUUCUGAUUUUUAAAGAAUUAACCCAUAGAUGUGACCAUUGACCAUAUUCAUCAAUAUAUACAGUUUCUCUAAUAAGGGACUUAUAUGUUUAUGCAUUAAAUAAAAAUAUGUUCCACUACCAGCCUUACUUGUUUAAUAAAAAUCAGUGCAAAGAGA